AUGGCAAUUACUGGAACGAGGAACUAUUUGGCUGUUUUAAUGAUUGCAGCAUCUGCUGCUGUGGGAGGUUCUGGUCAAUACUGGUUGCCGCAAUAUUUCAAACGAGAAAAAUUACGAAAAAUGUAUGGUCUUAGAGAAGGCUCGACAUGUGGCGAUGUUCCGGCGACAUUGUGUUGUGGUUCAUGCGCACUUUGUCAAGAGGCUCGUGAAAUGAAAUCAAGAAGUCACUAUGCAGGCAAAAGUCGGGAUGCAGAUCACCAGACUACUAGUUUUUCUGUUUUAUAUCAACCAGCGCACAUCAAACAACCUCCGCAAGAGGUACUCGAAUCACGUACUUUUUAA